GAAAAAAACAAACUUCAGAUACCAAAUAUUUUUGUAUUGUAGUGAACGUGUGUAUAUAAAUUUAGUGCCAGAUAGAACGUGGCAGAGUAAACUACGAUUUUGUUGUGUAGUAAUAGCAACAGCUUUGUGUGCUCAGGUGACUUUUUUAUCUUAUUGAAGGUAUUGAAAUGGCACCUCCAAAUGUUCUAGUCACUGGAGGCGCGGGAUAUAUUGGCUCUCAUACAAUUUUGGAGAUGCUUAAUGAGGGCUAUAAUGUGAUUUGCGUAGACAAUUUGAGUAAUGCAUACAGCUCAGGUUCCUCAAAGCUUCCCGAAUCUUUGAACAGGGUUCAAAAGCUUACAGGAAAAAAAUUGAAUUAUUAUUGUAUUGAUAUUACUGAUAGAGAUCAAGUUCGUGCCGUUUUUCAAGAGCACAAAAUCGAUAUGGUGGCUCAUUUUGCUGCUCUUAAAGCUGUUGGAGAAUCUUGUCGCAUACCGCUUCAGUACUACCACAAUAACAUGACCGGCACAAAUGUUCUUUUGGAAGCUAUGGCUGAUAACAAUGUUUUCAAAUUUGUAUAUAGUUCCAGCGCCACCGUGUAUGGCGAACCCAAAUUCUUGCCUGUAACUGAAGACCAUCCAACUGGAAACUGCACUAGUCCCUAUGGCAAAACUAAAUAUUUUACUGAAGAAAUUUUGAAGGAUCUAUGCAAAUCAGAUAAGCGGUGGGCAGUGGUUUCAUUACGCUAUUUCAAUCCCGUUGGUGCGCAUCCGAGCGGGUGCAUUGGAGAAGACCCUAACGGAGAACCUAACAACUUGAUGCCUUUUAUUGCGCAGGUUGCAGUAGGUCGUCGAGAUGUUUUACGAAUUUACGGAUCUGAUUUUCCAACAAAAGACGGUACUGGAGUUCGUGACUAUAUACACAUUGUAGAUCUUGCUGAAGGCCACCUAAAAGCUUUAGAAAAAUUAAGAAAUGUUGCGGAGACUGGAUUCUUUGCAUAUAAUCUAGGAACUGGUGUUGGAUACUCGGUUUUGGAAAUGGUCCAUGCUUUUGAGGGAGCUAGUAAACGUAAAGUUAAUUUCGAAUUUACAGAUAGGCGAUCUGGGGAUGUUGCCACUUGUUAUGCUGAUGCAUCGCUAGCGGAAACUUCUCUUGGAUGGAAAGCUAAACGCGGUAUACAUGAAAUGUGUGAAGAUACCUGGCGUUGGCAAAGCAAUAACCCCAACGGCUAUGCCCCUAAAUAACUUAUGUUAUAUGGUAGAUUUUUGCAAGUGAAAUAAGAACAGCCCAUAAUGCUUCAAUGGUAUAAUUUUCUCAAGCUUACAAUAGAUUUUGGUACCAUUUCUGGCCUUUAAAACUAUGACACCCCAUACAAAAGAAAACGCAUCAGAUAAAUAUUUGGCUUUAUUCGUUUUAAGAAGAAAUAUCCCAUUAUUAAUUGUAUAGAAUUUAAAAGAAAAAUAAAAAUUGUAUCCAAAUAAACAAAAUUUCGUUUUUCCAAAAAAAUCUUAUUAUUAUAUAUAGAUGGCUUCGCUAGGGAUUUAUCAAUCAACGUGCUUAUUAUGAGAUUUCUUCUUGGGCAGACUUUUUAGAUUGCCCCUUGAUUUACGCGCGCUUCGUAGCAGAUAUUCCAUGACUUAUAAGAUAAGUGAAUCUUCACAUAAAAUCUUUGAGCAACACAUCUGCUUUCCUUCUUAUUGGAAUAUAGAGAAGCUGCUUCUUCUUACUGAUUGGCGCGAUAAUCGCUUAAGCGAUUUUGGCCAACUCUAACAAAGCGCGCUAAUAGUAUCUUUCUCAUGCUGACUAGUGCCAUUCGGGCUCACUAAGUGAAGAUUAUGCAAUUCAAAAAGUUGUCAACGAAUGAAUCUUGAAUAAAGAAAGAGAAGGAAGAAUAAAGCCAAGAAUAAUAUAAUGCAUACGGUUAUAAAAAAAUUCCAAGAAGCAGCUGUAACAGCGAAUGUUAUGUACAUUAUUAAGGGGGGAAGCUGGUCUAGAAUUUUGAAAAAAUCGUGAAAAUGAAUUUGUCUUAAAAGGUGCUUUAGGGUCUUAGAAAUAAUAUACCAAAUGAGGGAUGCCAGCAAAAAUGUCUAAAUGCCCAAAUUUUUCAUUCGACGGCAGUGCCUCGCAGGUAUGCCCCGAACGCUAUUUACAACUUUAAACGCGUUUUUCUCGAAAUCACUUUUUUUAAACUGGCCGAAGACAUAACUCGAACAAAUCUUUACCGAUUCUUACGAAAUUUUGACAAUACAUUCGAAAUACCUUUCUCCGGAGACGUACGUAGGAUUUUUUAUUUAUAUUACAUAGUUUUUUUUUUAAUCAACAAUUUUAUGUCGUUCUUUAUAGUGAAAAUUGUAACUUUUUGUUCAAACGUGCACCAUUUCGCGAAAAAACAAAAUAUCGAAAAAAUCGUACGUACGUCUCUUUCUGUUGUUAUAUAGAAACUAAAAAAAUUUUAUUUUUUGAUCCAGGACAAAAAUUAAGGAGUUUACGUCUUCGGCAAUGGACCCACUAGAAAAAAAGGCGCCUUAGGAGAACUGCUGGACAGCGGCCAUUUUGAAAUUAAUUCAGACGAAAAAUUUUGUAUUUGUACCAUGAAAGCUAUAUUAUUAAACCUAUUUCACAGAUUUUCGAUUGAUUCCUUUGUUGAGUCAAAAUAAAUUCAUAAAAUAUGCCCAUUUUUUGCGCUCUAGACCAGCUUCCCCCCUUAAAUUAUAUAUUAAACUAGCAUUUCCCAGUGGGCUUCGCACCACCAUACAUAAAAUGUUUUUUUAUAUCGGAAGAAAUUUUUCAUAUUGAGUUUUCUUUAUAGAACUCGUAAAAUGUUUAAACAGUUGAAUUAGUUGAUUUUUUUCAUUCAACAUACUUUCUAAAGAUGUCACAAUAGCCUUUUCUGUACUUUUUUAAAAUUUGAUUGUGGUGGUCACCUAUUCACAGGUAAGGUGAAAGAGCCGAUAAAAACUUGUAAUUAAACUUUGAUUCUUUAAUUUCCAUUUCAAUUUUUUACGCUAAAUAAGUUAUGCUAAAAUAAAUAAAGCUAAAAAUGUUUUUCCAAUUCCUUGAA